AUGAAUGUUGCGGAAUAUCAGUCUUCAAGGGUAUCAAUGGGUGCUCCGGGUAUAAGGACAGAAGAAGAAACAGCCAAGAGGAGAUCAAAUUUGAAUUCCUCUGAGAUCCCAGCAGCAGCAGCAAGCUAUCAACCGCCAACAAACCAGAUAACUUCAGCUCGAGCCCAGGAAUCACUGGAGAACAGACCAAUCUCCAAACGAAGACGAUUAUCUCAAUCAGAGUACCUGGGCAUGACAAGUCAUUUCGCUUUGUUCAAAGAAAGCACCGAGAACCUCGAAUUUUCACUUCCACACUCAUCCCAAGAACCCAAUGAUCACAAUCUCCAACAUCAAAGUGAAAAUCAAAUUCAAAGUCGACUCCAAUCCCAAUCCCUAGAAGGAGCCGAAGUCCCCAUUGAAAGCGAAGAAGUCCGCCGCGGUGCCCACCUCCUCCGCCUCUUACGAAAAGUUCCAAAAUACGAACUCAUAGCAGAAGCAUGGGUGAUAGGCACGCAAGAAGGUGAUUUCCUCGGUCGUCCACUCGUGGAAACAACUUUCAGUUCGUUACGAGGUCUAGAACUUUCGUCGCUGCAUCAUGAUACACAUACACAUCCAGACACAGAAGACUCAAAACUCUUCACUCUCUCACGAAAGAUUUUCAAUAUGUUCACUAACCCGAUCCCAAUACGCUCUUCAUCAACAUUUGACGAAUACAUGGCCUCGUUAUCCUAUCGGUGGGAAAUCGUGGGAUUGGCAUUCUGUUUUAUUGGAAUGGGGACUGUAUUUCCUGGUGCGUGGGAAUCUAUCGCCAUAAAUGAGGCUGAUUUAUCGGGUAUGUCGAGGAAUGAACUUGGGGAAGCGGCGAUGAAUGCUACGGAGAAUUGUUUGGCAUUUUGUAAUGAGGCGGGUGUUUUGAAUGAUGCGGUUAGUUGGUUGAAUUCUUUGAGGACUAUGCUUACUACGCUGGUUUAUGGGGAUAGAGACUACAGAUCCUGGAGAGCACUAGGUGAUCUCUCAACCAUCAUCUUCUCACUCGGUCUCAAUCAACCAUCAUCGGAUCCAGAUAUCCCAUUCUGGCUCUUAGAGACUCGAAAACGGCUCAUGGGACAUGCAUUCAGCGCAGAUAAGCAGCUCGCCACGUUCCUAGGAAGACCACCGCGUAUCAGCUCGCGAUUCUGCAAUAUCUCCCUUCCUCUAGAUCUCAGCUUUAAAGAGCUCAUUUCAAAUCCCGAGGCAUGCAAUUUGGCAAUGAGCAAACUAGAUGCUGAGGGCUGGAACACGGUGGAACAUGAUCCACAAGCUGUUUGGUUGAGGGUUUGUUUGAUGAUGGGUCCUGUAAGAGAGAAUAUUCUUGAGUUAUCGCUGAAUAACCAGGUUGAGAACUUGCAGGGGAAAGUUGAACAACUACUUCAGCACUCUGAGGAUGUCUGGGGUAGUCUCCCAUCAUUCCUUCAGAGGAAAGAUAAUCCUGAGCUCCUUUCGCAGUUUCCAAGUGUUUAUCUCCAGUUACACUUGGACUAUAUCUAUAAUCGGUUCUUAAUAUACAGAAUUCUAUCGAAACGACUAGACAUCUGGUCUCCAGACCUAGUAAAAGUCUCCAUCGAAAUUCUCGACGAAGUCCUCCUCCUAAUCGACCAUCGGAUCAGCAUAGGAAAGUUCUCUCCCGAGUUAUCCUGGGUAAUGUCAUUCUACGGCCUUUCAACAGCUGGCGUUUUAUCAAUCGAACUUGUCCGCCGCGCAUCUAGUCUAAAUUUUCCUAUUGAGCCAUCUGAUUCUGCAACACCUUUCCCUCGAUCACGAGUUGUUCAGAGUCUUAGUGUGUUUGCUUCUUAUCUUCAGACUAUUGUUCAGCCGAAUGAGGGUAAUUAUGAUAUUUGUCAACAGGCAAGGGAGACGAUUAGACGCGUGUUGGACUUUGUUUUGUCUGAGAGGACUACUACGCAGGCGAUUACUGUGCCGAAUUCUCGUAUUCCCGAGAAUACUGAUUUGACGGAUAGUAUCCUUGACUAUAAUUACUAUAUUACGCAUCUUGAUAACUGGCAGUUUGAGCUGCAAGAUACACUUCAGAUGUUCUAA